CCCCUUUUCUCAAACUAAAGGAUAAAAAAGCUUUCUUUUUCUCUCUCUCUAUCAUCUCUGUCAAAUUCAAAAUUCGAGUAUUCGAAAAAUCCAGCUCCAAAAUCGUUGAUUAGCAGCGACUAAAACCCAAAGUUUCCUCCAAUUUUAACGAAUUACUUCGUGGGUCAAUCUCAUAAUCUGGGAACACUCUUUCGGUUUUGAUUUUGUUGGCAGCAUCUAUUCUAAGCGAAAUGAUGGGAAGUAAAAGAGAAGAAGAGAGGAACGAGAAGAUUAUUCGUGGGCUUAUGAAGCUUCCACCGAAUCGUCGUUGUAUCAACUGCAAUAGCCUUGGCCCUCAAUAUGUUUGCACAACUUUCUGGACCUUCGUAUGCAUGGCUUGUAGCGGGAUACACCGCGAAUUCACUCAUCGUGUGAAAUCUGUGUCAAUGUCAAAGUUUACUUCUAAAGAAGUUGAAGUACUUCAAAAUGGUGGUAAUCAGCGCGCCCGAGAAAUAUAUUUGAAAAACUGGGACCACCAACGACAGAGGCUUCCAGAAAACAGUAAUGCUGAGAGAGUUCGCGAAUUUAUCAAAAAUGUGUAUGUGCAAAAGAAAUAUGCAGGCGCAAAUGAUGCGGACAAGCCUUCGAAAGAUAGUCAGGACCAUGUAAGUUCUGAAGAUAUGACACGACGGGCCAACUCCUAUCAUUCUUACUCCCAAAGCCCUCCUUACGAUUAUCAGUAUGAAGAGCGCCGUUAUGGGAAAAUACCCUUGGGAUUUACCGGCAAGUCUGCUUCAGUGAAAGGUCUUCAUGCAAAAGCCUCUAGUUUUGUAUACAGCCCCGGACGUUUUAGUGAUCAUAUGUUUGAAGACCAAUUCUCAAAUGAGGACUCAGCUCCAAGGGCUUCAGAUUAUUCUGUUUCGAGUGCAGGAGAUCCGUUCAGGUCUGAUAUACAGUCACCAAAUUUUCAGCAGGAAGCUGAAUUUCGUAGUCCCCAGUUUCAGCAUUCAAAUGCCCCUCCAAGUGAAAACUUAUUUCCAGGCAGGCAACAUCAGAGAACUACAUCUUCUGGGAGUGUCAGAUCAGUUGACAGUAAUUUCAUGUCUAUCAAGUCAUAUACUUCGGGUGGUUUAGGGGAAGCCGUAUCUGAAAGUCGUCAAAAUACAGGAAGCCAGCAAGGUAAAACAUCUAAUCAUGUUCCUUUAGUAGCAGAGUCGACAAAGGCUCCUAUAGAUUUGUUUCAGUUGCCAGGAGCGCCAGUGGCUCAAUCUGUCGAUACAUUUCAACCUUCAAUAGCACCCCGAUCUCCACCUGUGAAUCUUCAACAAGCUCCACAGACAUACUCAUUUACCCCGGCAAAUUCGUUUGCUGGAAAUUUGGGUCAGCAACCCACUUCAAGACCAUCAGAAUUGUCUGCGCCUAAGAACGAAGGUUGGGCUUCUUUUGACAAUCCCAUGCCUGCUGCAAAAUCUACAAACGUUAUUACCUCCCCUGGAGAUUUCCAGUUGGAACUGAAAAUUGAAGAGAUUCUACAGCCUAGCACAAGCAUGCAAUUGCCACCCUAUCCAUCAACUGUGGACCAGCAUGCUUUGUCGAUACCAAGUCCAUGGCAGGAAGAUCUCUCGAAUGUUCUAAAAGAUGUUGUCGAUAACCCGCAGCCGUGGAAUGCCUUUCCCGACUCUAUUGAGGCCAAUCCUUUGGACAGCAGUAGGAAUAUUCACCAACAGGUAGAUGGAGCAAGUACUUCGUCAUAUAACACUGAUCACCAGCAUUUGGAAUCACAAGUUUUAGAGGAAUUAAGCAAUGAUGGCACCCAAACAACCAGAAUCCCUGCUGGCUCUUCUGCUUUUGGUUUUCCAGGAAAUAUUGGCAUGGCACCAUCAUACUCGGAAGAAGCUUGGCAGCAUGUAAAUGAACAAAAGUCAGCUAAUCCAUUUGAUCUCCCCUAUGAUUCUGAGUUCGACUCAAAUGACAUGGAUAUCCUCGUAAUAUAGUUCAUGUGGAGCUCAUCUUAACCUAGACUUUCGAUAAGCAUAUUUGCAAACUGUCUAUGUCAUUCAAUGGUUCAUUUGAUAAAACACAACAUAGGUCGUGCAAGAUUACAAGUGAAUUUCUGAAUACAUCACUAAAAGCCUUUUUUUUAAAUUCUAUAUUUGACUUUGUCGUGGUUGUAAUUAAUGCCAGUUCUUGGACAUGAGUUCGUUACAAGGGGCACUGCCCGAUAUCCAGACACCACAAGCCUUCCUUAAUGGUGUAUCACAACCGUGGCUCGCUGCAGAUUCUGUACCCUCGUACUUACCUGCUCCAGCAGUCGCACAAGGUGGCUUAGCAUACAUGGCAGGGCAAGCAUCAACGAAUUCAGCAGCACAAGGCCCUGUUGCAUUUACUGGAGGCAAUCCAUUUGCUUAGACACACCUCGGUCUUCUUCAUCUUCUUCUUCACUUAUGCCUAGAUGCUUCAUCUUUGGAUUCAUCUUCAUUUAGUGCCUUCCAUAUUUUUUUAAAAAAAAGAAGAAACCAGCCUUAUUGUGCAAUGUGUUUAUUUCUUUGUUCGGAACCGACUUGAGCUGUAUGUACCUUUGAUUUGAGUGUAUUUGCAAGUGGACAUGACUGUCAUGAUUAAUAAUAAGUCGGACUCAACCAAAAAGCAAAGAGAUACGAAACAAGCAGGUGCAACUCAUAAACAUGAAUGCAACUUGACUUAGCUUUGAUGUCUUGUGAUCGAGAAGUUGGAAUCUCUCUUUUUUCGGAAUUCAUUUUUCUGCGUUCAGAAAACUACGUCAUCCUGGGAGUUUCUGAAAAUGGUCAAAAUACAAGAAGCCAGCAAUAUGAAAUAUCUAGUCAUGCAUGUAUCUUUAGUAGCAGAGUUAGCAAAGGCUCCACCAAAUGGUUCACUUUUGUUAUAUGCAAGAAGAGACGAUUGGUGGUGGAAUAACAAUAAUAUGUUUGUAAUCUUUUUUUCUUUGUCAACAUUUAUAAGUAUAAUAACA